UAGCUAAUCAGAGCAACGUUCGGUUUGGCGGUAGCCAAUAGGACGUGAGUCCUACUGAGAGUAAUGUUACAGAGCCGAGAGCAGAGUGAGAAGACUGCGUAUCGCUAUUACCUUCACACAGCCAUUGCAGUACAUUGAGAAUCAGCAGCAGCCUUUGAGAUUUAAGGAAGAUGGGGAAAGACCCAACAAAGCCAAGGGGCAAAAUGUCCUCUUAUGCCUAUUUUGUCCAGACCUGCAGAGAGGAACAUAAGAAGAAACAUCCUGACACAUCAGUCAAUUUCUCAGAAUUCUCUAAAAAGUGCUCUGAGCGGUGGAAGACUAUGUCAGCUAAGGAAAAGGGCAAGUUUGAAGACAUGGCCAGACUUGAUAAGGCCCGUUAUGAACGGGAGAUGAAGAACUAUGUACCUCCCAGAGGUGAAAAGAAGAAGAGGUUUAAGGACCCCAAUGCUCCUAAGAGACCCCCGUCAGCCUUUUUCAUUUUUUGUGCGGAAUAUCGGCCCAAGGUGAAAGAGGAGACCCCAGGAUUGUCUAUUGGUGAUGUGGCUAAGAAGCUUGGGGAAAUGUGGAACAAGACCUCUGCUGAAGAGAAGCAGCCUUAUGAGAAGAAGGCAGCCAAGCUGAAGGAGAAAUAUGAGAAGGACAUUGCAGCAUAUCGAAAGGGAAAAGUUGUCGGGGGUGCUGCGAAAGCCCCCACCAAACCAGACAAAGCAGAUGAUGAUGAUGACGACGAUGACGAUGAUGACGACGACGAUGACGAUGAUGAAGAUGACGAUGAUGAGUAAAUUGGUUACUAAGUGAUCUAGAGAUUAGAUUCUUGUUUAUAAAAGCAUUUAACCCCCUGUACACACUUAACUAUGGCCAUAAAAUAGGCAAAUGUGGAAAACUUAAAAGAAAAAAAAAAGUUAAGACCGUGUAUAUGAUAUGGUUUUUAAACUGUACAGUCCCCCCUUUUGUAUAGUAACACUACAAAAGUGUAAUGUGUUUCUCGCCUCCUAUCCACUCCUGUUUCACAAUACUUUGAAUUAUUUCCCCUUUUUAUUUUUCUGGGUAAUGGUAGUCCCUAAAGCCACUAUUUUUCCCUAUUAUACUCUAGUGGGGAUGAGAGGGGAGGGUUGAGUUGGGGAGGGGAUGACAAAUUGGCUUGGAAUUGGAUGUUUAGGUUGCGCAUCACACAACUUCAUUUAAUAAAAGGUUUAAGUUCAUAUACUUUUACUUUUUUCUUCUUUUUAAUUCACUUUCACAUCAAUAUUGUUAGUAAAAUGCUGUAUCAGUUAUUUUAAUGUACUUUGAAUACCACUGUAAUUGCCACAAUGACUAAAAAGAAGAGAGAAAAUGUUGUUACAUUGACAUUCUGGUAUGCUUCUGACAUCAAUAAACUUUUUUUUUUUAAAUAAAAAUGUUUUCAGUUUUCUACAUUGCAAUAAAAUUUAUAUGUGAGCUUAAGAAUAGAA